AUGAGCAAACUCAGCCAGGAGACCCUCAACGCGGCCAUCGCCUCCAUCCUGAAGGGCUCGCAGGAGAAGAAGAGGAAGUUCGUCGAGACCAUCGAGCUGCAGAUCAGCCUUAAGGAUUAUGACACGCAGAGAGACAAGCGUUUCUCCGGCUCUGUCCGCCUCCCCCACGUGCCCCGCGCCAAGUCCAAGGUUUGUGUGAUCGGCGAUGCUGUGCACGUGGAGGAGGCGAAGGCUUUGGGCCUCGACUGUAUGGACGUCGAGGCGCUGAAGAAGAUCAACAAGAACAAGAAAAUUGUGAAAAAGUUGGCGCGCAAGUACGACGCUUUCCUGGCCUCGCAGGCGCUGAUCCCGCAGAUUCCGCGCUACCUCGGGCCCGGGCUGAACAAGGCCGGCAAGUUUCCCACUCUCAUUACUCACCAAGACAAAAUCGAAGACAAAAUCCUCGAAGUUCGGUCUUCUGUGAAGUUCCAACUCAAGAAGGUCCUCUGCAUGGGCGUCGCCGUCGCCAACGUCGAGAUGACCGAGGCCCAGGUGCGCUACAACCUGACGAUGGCGAUAAACUUCUUGGUUUCACUUUUGAAAAAGAAUUGGAAUAAUGUCAAGCGGCUGCACAUCAAGAGCACCAUGGGAAAGUGCCACACCAUUUACGGCUGA